UGUCAAAAAGCAGGAAGCGCACAAUUGGGUUUUUAUUAACUGGGUUUCUUUGGAAUAUCAUACUGAAAGUCAUUUGUCUCUGUCCAGCAGGAAAUGUUCUCUCAUGUCUCUCUAAUUUUUCUCGAAGCACAGUAUCUUUCAAUGUAUCCUGCCCUGUUGCACUAAGUAACCAUCAGUUAAGGGCAGUGUUCCUCAGAAGAGCACCGCUGCUUAUGUGGAGAUGGAGGAACGUGCUCGCAGCUGCCUGCUGCGCUCCAAAGCCACUCUGGAGCAGGACAUCAAAGCCUCCUACUUGAUGGACCACAUGGUCAGUGACGGCAUCCUGACAAAUGAUGAAGAAUCAAGGGUGCUUGGCAAGCCUACUAGAAGAGAGCAGGCCGCAGCCCUGCUAGAGGUGCUAUUGAGGAAAGACAACAGGGCCUACAUCUCCUUCUACAAUGCGCUGAUCAGGGAGAGUUAUGGCGAUCUGGCCAACCUCCUUCAUAGUGACCUUCCUCUCCUCAGCCCUGAGGGAGAGAGGAGCUUUGCUGAUGGAGUGUCUCCCUCUGGUAACCACUUGGACAUGUAUGAACUUGUUUUUAAAGGAGGUUUGAAUGAGAUGUUAGAGUUUUGUGUUUUUAUUCUAGUCCAGGUGAUUCUGAGUGAAGGUGGCGUGCCUCAGAGACCCGUGGUGUUUGUGAGCCGACCCGCUCUGCUCAACCUGAUCCGGGAGAGGCUGUACCGACUGCAGAAUACGCCGGGCUGGGUCACUGUGUUUGGCAUGGCUGGCUCAGGGAAAUCUGUGAUUGCUGCCGAGGCUGUCCGAGACCAUGCCCUCAUUAAGGAGUGUUUUCCAGGUGGCGUUCACUGGCUUUCUGUCGGCCAGUGUGAGCGGGCAGACCUGUUGGUAAGGAUGCAGUCUUUAUGUUUCCGUUUGGAGCAGGGUCAAAGUUCAGAAGCCAGUCAGCGGCCACCCUGCUCCGUGGAGGAGGCCAAAGAGCGCCUACGGUUCCUAAUGCUGCGCAGGUUCCCCAGGUCCCUGCUGAUUCUGGAUGACGUCUGGGACAGCUCUACUCUCAGGUCCUUUGAUAUCCAGUGCAGAGUUCUUCUGACCACUCGCAAUCGAGGUCUGGCUGACUCUGUAAGCGGUACAAGCUUUGAAGUGCCUGUUGAAAGUGGUCUAGAUGAGGAGAAAGGCCUGGAAAUUCUUGCUUUGUAUGUUAACGGGAAACCACAGAAACUUCCAGAACAGGCCCGUAGCAUCGUGAGCGAAUGUAAAGGUUCUCCUCUUGUUGUUUCUCUCAUUGGAGCUUUAUUGAGGGAGUUCCCUGAUCGCUGGAGCUACUACCUGCGACAGCUUCAGAAGAAGCAGUUCAAGCGGAUCCGCAAGUCAUCGUCCUAUGACUAUGAAGCUCUGGACCAGGCCAUGGAUGCCAGCCUGCAGGUUUUGGAGCCUGAACACAGAGAUCUGUACAGAGACCUGAGCAUCAUGCAGAACGACGUCAAAGUGCCUGCUAAGGUUCUGUCAGUGCUGUGGGAUCUGGAGUUGGAGGAAGUGGAGGAUGUCCUACAGGAGUUGGUGAAUAAAUCUCUGCUGUUUCGAGACUGUAACCAGCGACCAUACCACUAUUACCUUCAUGAUCUGCAACUGGACUUUCUCAUUGAACAGAAUCGUGAUCAAAUUGCUGAACUGCAUAAAAAGCUGGUCCGUCAAUACCAGCAGUUUUAUAAUGAAAGGCCACCCAGCUCUGGAGAUAUAGACUGUUCAUAUUGGUACCGCUUCCUCCCGUACCACAUGGCUAAAGCAGGACUGUCUAAGUUCUCAUUUCAGGAGCUUUAUUCACUGAUGUUUUCCUUGGACUGGGUCAAAGAGAAAGCUCAGUUUAUGGGAUCUGCCCAUCUUAUCAACGACUAUGUAGAAUAUGGUGAAAUACUAGACAAAGAGAACAGUGAGGUGAGACUGCAGUUUCAGGAAUUCCUGUCUUUAAACGGACAUCAUUUGGAGCAGAAGCCGUUUCCUGACGUAGUGCAGUUGGCUCUGUCUCAGCCCGCGUGUUCUGAGGUUUACAGACAGGCUUUGAUGCAGGCGCAGAAGAGGGCCAGCAGAGGGCAGCUCUAUAUGGACUGGGUGAACAAAAAUAAUCAGGACAGUUUGUCUCGGCUGGUUAUGCAUCCUCACCAGGGGUCUGUCUACUAUGCUGGCUUCUCCAAAGAUGGGAGUAAAAUCGCCUCUUGUGGGGCUAACAAGGCGCUGCGGGUGUUUAAAACAACCUCUGGAGAGAAACUUCUGGAGCUUCAGGCUCAUGACGAAGACAUUCUGUGCUGUGCCUUUUCUCCAGAUGACCGUUACAUUGCAACCUGCUCCAGUGACAGGAAGGUUAAGUUGUGGAGUGUUGAGCAAGGUACUCUUAUCAGAGAGUUUGGGGAGGAACACGAGGAGCAGAUAAACCACUGCCAGUUCACCAACACAGGCCGACGUGUCCUGCUGGCCACCUGCUCAAACGACAAAUUCACCAACACUAAGCUAUGGAAUCCCAACAAGCCGACUUCUCAGAACACUAUGUUUGGACACAUGGAACCUGUCAAUCACUGUUGCUUUUCUCCUAACGAUGCCUACCUCGCCACUUCAUCCAGUGACGGCACCUUGAAGCUGUUUGAGGUGUCAUCUGCGAACGAGUGGAAAUCAAUUGAUGUCAAUAGUUUUUUCCCAGAGAGUGACGAUGAAAUAAAAGCCAUCGUGAAAUGCAGCACUUGGUCAGCCGAUGGCUCAUGGAUCAUUUGUGCUGCCAGAAACGCUGUGUUUGUGUUUGACGUGAAGACGUCAGACAUGUUGUUGGAGAUGAAGACGAGUCGUCUGAGCACAGUGCAGUACUGUCACGCAUGUCCCAACAGCAGCCUGCUGGCCGUUGCACUCUCUCAUUACACUGUAGAGUUGUGGAACUUUGAGACCAGUAAAAAGAAAGCCGAAUGCAAUGGUCACCUGAGCUGGGUUCAUUGUGUCCAGUUUUCACCUGACGGCUCAUUCCUGUUGUCCUCCUCUGAUGAUCAGACCAUCAGGCUGUGGGAGACUGAUCGGGUUCACACCUCCUCUGCUGCGGCUCUGAAGAGGGAUUCUGAUGUUCUCUUCUCCCAAAGUGACGUUACAAUAGUGGCACCAGACAGCAGAAACAGAUUACAGGUACGGACUGGAUUGGCAGGUGCCGUUGUGUUUGAGAGCGAAGAGUUGCCGUCCAGGAUUCGCUGUACUUGCAUCAGCAGAAAUGCUUCGCUUGUGGCCCUGGGAACUGAGAACGGAACUGUACAGGUGUUGGAGGUUCCAUCUGGAAAAACAUCACAGAUGCUCACAGGUCAUACUAGGACGGUUCACCACUGUCAGUUCACUGAUGAUGGUGAAACCCUCAUCACAUCCUCAGAAGACACCACUGUCCGGGUGUGGAAGUGGAGGACUGGUGAGUGUCUGGUGCUGGAGGGCCAUAAGGAGCCGGUCAGGAAGUUUCAACUGUUGAACAAGUCUACUUCCUCUCACCUGUUCUCUUGGUCGUUUGAUGGCACUGUUAAGGUCUGGGAUCUGAACAGAGGUCAGAUGCUGCAAGACCUUGAGUGUCAUAAGGGUGCUGUCCUGUCAUGUGACGUGUCCUCUGACGGACGUCUCUUUGCCACCACAUCGGCCGAUAGGACUGCUAAGGUGUACAGCAGUGCCUCGUGGGAGAUGACUUUUUUGCUGAAGGGACACGAGGACUGCGUCCGUAGCUGCCGUUUUUCUUGGGACAACAAGCGACUUGCGACGGGCGACGACAACGGAGAAAUCCGGCUGUGGAGCAUGCUGGAUGGAGCUCUUCUGAAGAUCUGUUCACGGGACACUAAGGACUCCAUGGACUCUUUCCACGGUGGAUGGGUGACUGACCUGCACUUCUCCCCUGAUAACGGAGUACUGGUCUCUACGGGCGGAUACAUCAAGUGGUGGAGCGUGGAGACCGGAGAGGCCUUGCAGACGUUCUACACGAUGGGAGCCAAUCUGAAGAAGAUGCACGUGUCUGCCGAUUUCACGACGUUUGUCACAGUGGACAGCAUCGGAAUCCUUUACGUUUUAAAGAAGGUGGAGGGAGGAAGCGUCUAGAUUUUGUUUUAUGAAAUGUUUUAAGUAUAGUACAAUGUUUAGAAGCAAAACUUUUGUGGAGAAAUGUUGUGAGUGCAAGAAAUGUGGCCGACUUCAAAAUCAUUCAUCUGAUUCUUUUUAGAAGUGUUUUUUCUUACUGAUGUUUCAUAAUAUUGAAUUGAACAAUAUGUCCUUUUCCAUGCCAUGUUUUUGUGCUGUCGUAAUUGAAGGCAGGUACUGUGACCCUCAUUGACGGAAGCCUUUGUCUAAUUUUUUGAAAGAGCUUACGCAGUCCAGUGUGGUAUUUCCUCUGAGGCCAAGCUUUUGAACCAAUGUCUUAAUAUGUGUAAGAAGUGUGAAAAGUGCUUUUUGGGUCAUUGUGCAGUAAAAUUUGUAGCUAAGGUGUGAUUAGUGAAGUUUAACGCAAGGGCUUUAAGCUGGUUUGCCAAUGAAAUGACAAUCGUUGUAACCUUAUGACUACAGACUUUAUAUGUAAUGUACAUGGAGUAGCAAAAUCAUGGGGAUAUAGCACAGUUUGCGGGUAGGUUUGUCCGUGAGAUGAGGAAAAAGAAAAACUACAUGGGAUUUCAGCAUUGUCUGUGAAAAGGAAUUGCUAGUGGUGCUUGUAAGUGAAUGUGUAAUGAAAUGCUGUAACCACAGUCCAAUUUGUCCAUGCAGGUACACUAUUGGAUUAGCAAAGGGUGAAAAUGUAAUUGUUUUUGGUGCUUAAGCAUGUUUUAUGUGAAUGUAAAAUGCAAUACACAGUACUUGCCUUGCACUUCCUUGAUUGUGUCAUCAUUGAUGGUA